AUGGAUGAUGGCGGUCCUAUUGGUGGUAAACACGGAGCUGGCGAAUACAAUGAGCAGCUAUCUAAAAUUGCUAGGGCAAACAGGCUUCAAACAUUAACUGGAUCCACAGUAAAUUUAGAAAAUGACCAAUAUUUAAUGCGUAACCAAAAUGGUUUGUUAGAAUGCAAGUUAUGUUGCACAACUCAUAAAACCGAAGCAAGCUAUCUCAAUCAUACCUAUGGAAAAACUCACCAGAGAAACUUAGAGAGAAGAAGAAUUACAUUAGCCAGAAAGGAAGCUAUUGCUGGUGGUAUUCGUUCUGGUACACAAGUCAAAGUUGAUCCUGCAAAAAAUACAUUAAAAAUCGGUGAUCCUUCUUUCGAAGUCAUUAAAAAACGAGAUAUAACAACAGGAAAUCUUACUAUUCUAGUCGAACUUGGAUAUCCUGAUAUAAAGAAGUAUACAUCACCAAAAUACAGAAUAAUGUCAACAUAUGAACAAACAGUUGAGCCCCCAGAUCCAAAUCACAAGUACCUUCUUUUCGCAGCAAUUCCAUACAACACUGUUUGCUUCAAAAUUCCUAAUAUGAAUAUAAUAAAUGAUAAAAUCAUCGAAGAUUGGAAACCCCAUGAAAAAAAGUAUACUUUCCAAUUAACCCUUACACCAAAUGUUGAUCAAUAG